AUGGAAUCAAAUCAAAAAUCGGGGGAUGGAUUGACCGGCACACAGAAAGAAGCUGCUCUCCGUGCAUUAAUUCAGCGCACAGGAUAUAGUUUGAUACAGGAAAAUGGACAAAGAAAGUACGGAGGUCCACCGCCUGGCUGGGAUGCCCCGCCACCAGAGAGGGGCUGUGAGAUUUUCAUUGGGAAAUUACCCCGAGACCUUUUUGAAGAUGAACUUAUCCCAUUAUGUGAAAAAAUUGGUAAAAUCUAUGAAAUGAGAAUGAUGAUGGACUUCAAUGGAAACAAUAGGGGAUAUGCCUUUGUAACAUUCUCUAAUAAACAGGAGGCUAAGAAUGCAAUCAAGCAACUUAAUAACUAUGAAAUUAGGAAUGGACGACUCCUAGGGGUUUGUGCCAGUGUAGACAACUGCCGUUUGUUUGUAGGAGGAAUCCCAAAAAACAAGAAGAGAGAAGAAAUUUUAGCAGAGAUGAGGAAAGUCACAGACGGGGUCAUUGAUGUCAUUGUGUAUCCCAGUGCAGCAGACAAAACAAAAAACCGUGGCUUUGCUUUUGUGGAAUACGAAAGUCAUCGAGCAGCAGCAAUGGCAAGAAGAAAACUGCUACCAGGAAGAAUACAGUUAUGGGGACAUCCUAUUGCUGUAGACUGGGCAGAACCAGAAGUUGAAGUUGAUGAAGAUACAAUGUCAUCAGUUAAAAUCCUCUAUGUGCGAAACCUUAUGCUAUCAACCACUGAAGAGACGAUUGAAAAAGAAUUCAACAAUAUUAAACCAGGUGCAGUUGAAAGAAUAAAGAAAAUCAGAGACUAUGCAUUUGUACACUUUAAUAACAGAGACGAUGCAGUUGAAGCUAUGAAAGCCUUAAAUGGGAAGGUGUUGGAUGGUUCCCCUAUCGAAGUGACAUUAGCAAAACCAGUAGACAAAGACAGUUACGUUAGACACACCAGAGGCACAGGGGGACGAGGUACCGUGCUACAAGGAGAAUACACUUACACAUUUGGACAUGUGUAUGAUCCCGCCACAGCCUACCUUGGAGCUCCAGUCUUCUAUGCACCUCAGGCCUACGCAGCUAUUCCUAACCUUCAUUUCCCUGCCACCAAGGGUGACCUCAGCAGUAGGGGCAUUAUCCGACCUCCAUCUAUUAGAGAAAUUUACAUGAAUGUACCUGUAGGGGCUGCGGGAGUUAGAGGACUAGGAGGACGUGGAUACUUGGCUUACACUGGCCUGGGUCGUGGAUACCAGGUUAAAGGAGAAAAGAGGGGAGAAGACAAACUCUACGAUCUUUUGCCUGGAAUGGAGCUUACCCCAAUGAACCAUAUCGCUUUAAAACCACCUGGAAUUAAACUUGCUCCUCAGGUCUUAGAAGAAAUCUGCCAGAAAAAUAACUGGGGACAACCUGUUUAUCAGCUUCAUUCUGCAAUUGGCCAGGACCAAAGACAACUAUUCCUAUAUAAAAUCACUAUUCCUGCCCUUGCCAGCCAGAAUCCUACUAUACAUCCCUUCACACCUCCUAAGCUUAGUGCUUAUGUUGAGGAAGCCAAGACAUAUGCUGCAGAAUAUACUCUUCAGACCUUGGGCGUUCCCACAGAGGGAGCAGAGACUCCUGCUACAGCUCCUGCUUUUCCAGGAUACACCAUUGCUAAUCCAGCUGCUACUGUACCAGCUACACAACUAAAACAAGCAGUGACGCUGGGACAAGAUUUAGCACCUUACGCAACGUAUGAAGCCUACCCUGCCUUUGCAGUGGCUACUCGUAGUGAUGGUUAUGGAACGUUUUGA